AUGGCCGACCUCUCACUUGGUCCGCUGAGGAUUGCGAAUCCUGAUGAUGCUUCGCCGGAUACACCAUUACAACCUCAGGCGCCCGCCUCUCAGUUCCCCCGGGUUUCGCCUCUCGUUGACCCUGAUGGGAGGACAGAAUAUAUCUCCGCCACCCCUCAGCGCUCCUACAGCCCGGUAUCCCCAAUGGGGUCUGAGACCGGCCCCGAAGACCUGCCGUCCCAAGCGAUAACUUCCUCAUCCUUCUCGUCAAUACCAUCGUCUGCACCUUCGCAGCCAACUUUCUCCCAAAACAAUGCAUCUACAGAGCGGCUCGCCCAGCGACAAAACAUCCCUUACAGCUAUCAAGAUCAGCAACAAGCACAGUUCCCUCAAUAUCCUACCAUGAUGCCUCAAAACCUCCACGACCCUAGGUCGAACGCCUCACGCCCGGGUUCCGCAUAUUACACUCAGUUGCCGGUCAAUGGUUCAGCCGCCAAUGGGGUGUCCCGGCAAGGAUCUUAUAGAGUUCGCAAUGAUGGCCCAGGCUCGACAGGAUUUCCGCAACGCACAUCCUCAAAACGCUCGGGGCUAGGAGAUGUUGCUGGGGUGCCGUCAAGAGACGAUAGUCACACCGAAAGAGCAUACGGUCAAGGACAAUAUACUCCGGGCAACGGACCCUUGCCUCCGCGAAGAACUUCUCGAGGCGUGGCAGGCCCCCGGAUGGGGACCACACCCACCGCCGGCACCACACCACUCUCAACUACUCCUGCUUCCAUCCAGACACCCCUAUCAAGUUCCCCAUACAAUUUGGAAGAUCGUCCCUUGACCAGUGCAGAGGAAUGGCAAGAGCGUGGAGCCGCUGUGGGACUCAAGAAGGAGAUCGGGGCAGAUGGCACAGUCGCUUACAAACCGGUCAAAAAGGGCGUGAGGGACUUUAAUUUCGGCCAGACACUCGGAGAGGGUUCCUACAGUACAGUCCUCGCGGCGACGGAUCGAGCCAGUGGAAGACAGUAUGCUAUCAAGGUUCUGGACAAGCGGCAUAUCAUCAAAGAGAAGAAGGUCAAAUACGUUAACAUCGAGAAAGACACUCUCAACCGCUUGACAGACCACCCCGGCGUCGUCAGGCUCUACUACACAUUCCAAGAUGAGCGAUCCCUAUAUUUUGUCCUGGAUUUGUGUCCUGGUGGAGAGUUGCUCGGAGUCCUGAAGCGAAUGUCAACCUUUGAUGAGGAGUGUACUCGAUUCUAUGGGGCACAAAUACUGGACACCAUCGAGUACAUGCAUAGCCGGGGCGUCAUACAUCGCGAUUUGAAGCCUGAAAACCUGUUGCUGGACGAGAACAUGCAUAUCAAGGUCACCGAUUUUGGGACGGCCAAACUGCUUCCGGAAAGGCGGAACACCGAUGGCAGGGUGGAUUUCGAACCUGAUGCCAACUCGACCGAGAAUAGGGCCAACUCUUUUGUGGGAACGGCAGAGUACGUCAGUCCCGAAUUACUGACCGACAAGAACGCAUGCAAGGCGAGUGAUAUGUGGGCAUUCGGUUGCAUCGUUUAUCAACUAUUGGCUGGACGGCCGCCUUUCAAGGCCGUCAAUGACUACCAGACCUUUCAGAAGAUUGUUGCGCUCGACUACGAGUUCCCUCGGGGCUUUCCUGAAGUCGCGCGGGAUCUGGUUGAGCGAUUGCUAGUUCUCGACCCCCAAAGACGGUUAUCACUAGAGCAUGCAAAGAACCAUGCCUUCUUCACCGGCAUUCGGUGGGGUCGCGACUUGUGGAAGCAGAAGGCGCCACGGUUAAAGCCAUAUGUCCCUCCGGCAGCACCACCCAUCAAGCUCAACGGCGGCAGUGCGCAAGACAGCUAUCCGCCAGACAUCGUGCCUGGUCACAGCACGCACCCAACCAUGCUGCCUCCCAACAACCAAAAGCCACAACCGAGGGUUGUCACAGAACUCCCGCCGCCCAGCCAACUCGACAUUGAGUGGUCUCCCGUUCUCACGAGAAAUAACGAGAGAAUCCUCAAAUUAGGCAAUCUAUCUGUGCUGUCGACGCCGAAUCCCCACAGCCCGCACAGCAACGAAGGCGGAGGGAAACUGUCGAGAUUAUUCGGCGGCAGCAACAACAAGAAACGGCAAAGACUUGUCAUGGUGACGUCGAGUGCAAGAAUCAUUAUUGCUGCGGCUGGUGGAGAGGAGAAGAAGUCAAAGUCCGAAAUCUCACUCCUCUCGCCGGGCACCGAAUACUCCAGCGCGACAGAUUCAAAGGGAGUGACUCAAUGGAUUGUCAAUACUAAGGAUCGACACUACGUUUUCGAAGACCCCAAGCCACAGUCGGGCGACCAGAUGUCGACGGCAGUUGCAGCGCAGGAGUGGCUGGACGCUUUGGGGCGAGCUCGAGAAAUCGCGAUAUCUCUGCAGUUGCAGAAUGCCAACAACACGUACUCGAGCGACGACGCUCUCAAUCUUUCGUCGUCGGCAUUGUCCAGUCAUGCCAGCACUAUUGACCAGCCGACGGAUCUGAGUCCUCAUAGUGUGAACCAAUCCCAUUCUGGGCGAGGAAUACUGCACAAGCAACAUUCAGGCGGCGACGCAGAGUCGCUGAAGGGGAGAAAGCGGUUCAGCAAACGGCAGUCUAAGAGUGGAUUGACUGCAGUCUUCUAG